AUGAAAGAGGAAGAAUUGGCAGGUCCAAAGGCAUUAGAGCUGGGGCCGGGAGGAAGCACGCAUUUGGUAUCGACGACGUUGUCUGGAGAGUCUAGCUUAAAAAAAUCUGACAGUUCGACUUUAUUCAUUUAUAUUGAUUUUGAAUAUGAAGAUCAAAGUGGUGAAGAUAAGGACAAUCGCCAUAGUAACACUAGCAAUGAUAUGAACAUGCUAAACUUUAAGAAGCUGUCCUAUUCGGUGGUGGAUUCCACUAUAUAUGAUGUUUUAGAAAGUAAGGAAUAUGAUAUUAAAGAGGUGAAAGAGUUUAUCGAUAAACUUACAGACUCUAUCAAUGAUUUUGCAUUUUCUCAGAAAAAACCUUUUUGCUUUGUUGUUCUCAAAGGAUGGGAUCUGAGGUUGAAAUUCAUCAAGUACUGCAAGGAUAACGAACUUCAACUUCCUAACUAUUUGGAAUAUCCUAAUUACUUUGAUUUGUAUAAGGAAUACAUCAAAUUUGAGGAGGUGAAUGGAAACGCAGAAUUCAAUUCGAUCGAAUAUAAGAAGUUGGACCUGGAUACUAUUAAGAAGAAGUUUUCAAUUGAGUCGACAGAAUUGAGCAAUAUUGAUGCUAUGAUUCAAAUAACUAGGAAAAUGCAUGAACUUUCAAAAUUCAAGUUUAUUUUCCAAAAGCCUCAUGACCUGAAUUUAGACUUGAGCUACUUUUUCAAUGAAAAAUCAAAGAUCAUCUAUAUAACUAACUUACCCAACGAUACAACUCAAUCUGAGUUGGAUUCCGUUUUCAACCAACAGAACGAUAGAUCCAUAACAUUCUGGCUAAUUAAAAACCCGAAUUAUAAUGGUGGUAAUUCGAUGAACUUGACUCUAUCCGGGUUUAUUAUAUUUAAUUCUCAUGAGGAAGCCAUCAAGGCAUUAACGUUGAAUGGGUCAAGUUUCAACAAUAAACUAAUAGAAGUUCAGCCUUCAUCAAUAGAAGUUUUCAAUAAGGCACAGGAUAUAUUGAUAUCAUUUCCAACAUCUAAGAAUAAACCACGACCAGGGGAUUGGAACUGUCCAUCAUGUGGUUUUUCAAACUUUCAAAGAAGAACUGCAUGUUUCAGGUGUUCAUUUCCUAUUGCAUCAGUUACGACAAUUCAAGAAUCUAUCUAUGGGAAUAAUAAUUAUAAUGGCGGUUUGAGCAAGCCAAAUAAUAAUCAGUUGUAUAAUGGAAAUCUUGGGAACAUUGGGAAUUCAGGAAACAGUUCAGGAAAUAUUGGGAAUUCGGGAUAUAUCAAUAAUAACAUUGGCAAUAACGGAAACAGCAGUAAUAGUAGUAUUACUAAUAAUAAUAAUAAUAGUAAUAAUAACAAUAGCAACAACAAUACUAUUAACAAUAAUAUUAAUACAAACGGUGGGAAUAACAAUGGCAAUCUAAACAAUAGACAGAAUUCAAAUGUGCCAUUCCGUGCUGGGGAUUGGAAAUGUUUAAAUGAAGCGUGUUCUUAUCAUAAUUUUGCCAAGAAUGUCUGUUGCUUGAAAUGUGGCUCACAAAGAGUUCAAAGUGCAAUUAUUAAUGGACACGUUCAUAACAAUCAUAAAAACAGAAACCAUUUGGUUGAUUACAAUACCAGAUCCAAUUCAUUGCCACAAUUAAGCCAGCAAAACUACAAUGGCAAUAAUAACGGUAGCAGCAGUUACAAGUAUAUCAAACCAAUCUCUUCCUCAUCACAACUUUCAAAUGGUUCUUCUAAUCCUGUGCAUGCGGGCUUUGAGUUUGAUCUUCAGAGUAAAUUCAACCAUUUAAACAUAUCAACCCCAAAUACCAGUGGGAUGAAUACGCCACCGAUUUCAACUUCCUCGACGCCAACGUCGACCAUAAAUAACUAUAUGAAUGCAUUUGGUGGUAUAAAUAAUGUGACUGGGCCUAUUCCUUCCGGUUUAAAUGAUUUUGGAUUUGAUGUGACUAGGACGCUAAGCACGCCUACUCCAGGUAUGAAUAUGAGUGGGUUAGGUGGAAUUGACAACAUUAAUGGUGCUAUGUUAAAUGGCAUGAGUGGGAUCGGUAUGAAUACAGGGUUGUCUAAUAUGAAUAUGCGCAAUAUGAAUAAUUUGAAUGGCAUCAGUAAUGCGAAUAAUAUGAAUAUAGGUAGUAUGAACAAUAACAGUUCAAGCCUGAACAAUAUGAAUCUUAACAGCCUAACUCUGAACAACAACGUCAACCAUUUAAGAAGCAUCAAUAAUACAAAUAACCUCAAUGACGUUGGAAAUGUUAAUUUGCGUAAUUUGAAUAAUAUGAAUUUGAAUGAAGUGAAUCUAAGUAUGGGUAUGAGUAUGGAUAUGGGUAUGGAUAUGGGUAUGGAUAUGGGUAUGGGUAUGGGUAUGGGUAUGGGUAUGGGAGGUAUGAAUGUCUUUGGGAGCUCUGGAUUGAACAAUGAAAUAUAA